ACGUCGUGUACGCGCUGAAACGACAGGGACGAACUCUGUACGGCUUCGGAGGAUAAACGACUUUAUUCUCAUCAGACAAACCCAACGGCUCUUUUAAGAGCCACCCAUCUUCUCACUCAAAGAGUCAAUGUUUUAAAUUUACAUCACAGAUCAACAUGCCUGAACCAGCCAAGUCCGCACCGAAGAAAGGCUCCAAGAAGGCCGUCACUAAGACCGCCGGUAAGGGAGGAAAGAAGCGUAAGAGGUCCAGGAAGGAGAGUUACGCUAUCUACGUGUACAAAGUGCUGAAGCAGGUUCAUCCUGACACCGGGAUCUCCUCCAAGGCGAUGGGCAUCAUGAACUCCUUCGUCAACGACAUCUUCGAGCGCAUCGCCGGUGAGUCGUCUCGUCUCGCUCACUACAACAAGCGCUCCACCAUCACAUCAAGAGAGAUCCAGACCGCCGUGCGUCUGCUGCUGCCCGGUGAACUGGCCAAACACGCCGUGUCUGAGGGCACAAAGGCCGUCACCAAGUACACCAGCUCCAAGUAAAGUGUGAUGAAGCUUUCAGCGACACCAAAGGCUCUUUUAAGAGCCACCCAUGUACUCGUCUAAAGAGCUUCGUUAAGUUCCCAUAAUAUUAGUGAUAGUAGAACAUGUGAACAUGAUUUCUUUAACAUCCGGUCUCUUUUUGUGUGUGCAUGAGUUUGGAAAUGACAUACCUAAAGUAAAACUUACAGCUCUUGAACCAUUUGGUCUACAAACACAAACUUUGGCUCGUUUGAAAGUAAACACUUAGCCAUUUGUUAUUCAAGAGUAAAAAGGUAUCGUAGUAUAAGAAAAUUUGUAAAAAUACUUUAUUUUUAAAUAUGCAAGUCUAUGCGCAGUGGCCCAAAAACACAUCUGAUACAAAGCCACAUGUCUGACGAAAGUCUGACACAAUUUUGAAGUCCAUAUGAUAAAAACUCCCUGUUCCAUAAUGACUUAUGUAAGUGCACUUCCAAAAAAAGGUCACUUGGCGCCAAUUGACCACUUGUAACUACGUAAACCAAAUGUUAAAAGUGGUUCAAAACACACAAUGUUUAUAUUUCAAUGGAAAAAAAACACAAACCAAAAUAUAUAUGAAGAUAUAUAUUUUUAUUAUUAUUUGGGAAUAUAUUAUAAUGCAUUACAUAUGUAUAUGUGUAUAUAUAUAUGCAUUUUAUAAACAAUGUGAAAACAUUACAA